GGAAGUGGAGAGGAGCGGCGUUGCCAUGGCGGCAACCCUGGGGCAGGUGCUGGCUCUGGUGCUGGUGGCCGCUCUGUGGGGUGGCACACAGCCGCUGCUGAAGCGGGCCUCCUCGCACCUGCAGCACGUUCAUGAGCGGACCUGGGCCCGGCAGUUGCUGCAGGAGACGAAGACCCUCUUCUUGAAUACUGAGUACCUGUUGCCCUUUUCCCUCAACCAGUGUGGCUCCCUUCUCUACUACCUCACCUUGGCAUCAACAGAUCUGACCCUAGCUGUGCCCAUCAGUAACUCUCUGGCCAUCAUCUUUACACUGAUUGUUGGGAAGGUCCUUGGAGAAGAUAUUGGUGGAAAACGAGCAUUCGCAGGUAUGGUGCUCACCGUGGCAGGAAUUACACUCUGCAUCACAAGCUCAGUGACCAAGACCCAGGGGCAACCAUCUACGCCUUGAGUGGACCAAGGCCACCCUCCGGCUCUGCUGUCUCCAGGAAGCCCCUGGGCCAUGAGGUAGAGGCAGUGAGCAUGAGGACUUAGCCCUCCCACCCACCUCCACCCCCCAGCCUCAGCUUCCUCGUCUCUUGGGAUAAUAGCUACCUCAUGGAUCGUAAUAAGAGAACAAAAGUGAAAGGGUUUUGUAACUUCCACCUGCUGUUCACCUGCUCGGAUUUAGCGCAAGAGACUUCACACUCACCCUCAGCAACCUUUCUGCCCCAGCAGCACACUUUCUGCUGUCAUGUCAGGCCCCAGGCCCCCAGGCCUGCCACUGUUCCUGUGCCUGACCCAGGCACUGUUCCUGUGCCUAUCCCAGCAGCUGGUUGGUGGACCGCAGAACUCCAGCUGCAAGAAGAGAGCCAGCUACAGUCUGUGAGCCAGAAAUGCGAACAGGAGGGCUCCAGGGCUCAGCCUUGGCUGGCUGAGGAGGGAACUGAGGGGAAGGUGCAUAAGAACAGCAGACUUUGGGGAGAGGAGUUUGCUGUUAGCCUUGCCUGUCCCUCCCGUGAGGUGGGUGCCGGCCCCUCCCAAACAGAUCGACAUCUAUGGGCCCCUGCACUGCCAGACCCCAACGUAUGGAGCAAUGCCAGGUGAGCAGUAGU